AUGGCAAAGCUCAGCUCAGGCUACACUGCAAAGAAGAGCCUGAUCCUUUUGGCAUCACUCAUCUUCCUCCUGGGCAACAACACUGCAGGGAGAGUGGUGGUGAAGCUGCCUUGCAUUGGGAGAGCUGGGGGCUGCCUGAUGGAGGAUGGGGUGGAGGAGGUGGAGAUGAGCUCAGAGGAGAACAGGAGGUUAUUGUGGAGUGUCACUGGGAAGAGGUACAUCAGCUAUGAGGCUCUCAGGAGGGAUGCGGUGCCAUGCAACAAACCUGGACUUCCCUACUACAGCUGCCAUGCUUCUCCAAGGGCAAAUCCCUACAACAGAGGCUGUCAAAUCAUCAGUGGCUGCAGAGGUGACAGCCCUUAA